AUGACGGUCCACGACGCUCCCAACGAGCGAGCGCUCCUAAAGCCUGCCAGCCACGCUCGCUCCAGCUUGCUAUUCGAACUCCCUUCAGAGUUGAUAACCAAGAUCUUCGAGCUCGCCCUUCUAGGCAGUAAACCCAGCGACCUCUCGGCCCUCUCCAAAACCAUCCACAACUACGUCAACGACAUCCUUUACAGAGUCGUAGUCCUGGAUUCUGCCCACUCCAUCCGCCUCUUCCACCGCACAGCCCGCUCCAACCAGCAAGUCUUGAGCUACGUGAAGAAGCUCGUUAUUACUUGGCAAUCCGAUUCAGCGUAUUUAAACCUUAGCAAGGAAAUACGGGGUAUAAUCGCAGAAUGCACGCAGAUUCAUACGCUGGAAAUACCCAUCCUCGAGCCCGAGGCCAUGGCCGACUUUCAUUGGCACCCCAACCUCAUUGAAAUCACCACGCGGUACAUGGAAGCGGACAUUGGCCAGUUCCAAGGAAAGUUGAAAUCGCUUUGGGAUAAAUUGACACAUCUGCGGCUGGCGGAGCCUGCAGAGUUUGGAUGGAAGCGACCUGCGGAUGCAUUGGAGGAAUUCGGCAAUCCGCCUCAACUCGCAUAUCUCCAGCUCUCGCGCCGGGCAAACGCGAACCAGGAGAACGAUCUUAUCUUCGUCGACGACGUACAGAGUAUCCUGCAGGGAGGCGAAUUCCCUUCUUUGAAGGUGCUGAUUGUGUCAGUCAUAGAGGGGAAUGACACUUGGAAGCCGGAGCCGGUCAGAGAGUCGAACAUUUGGGAGAUGUUGGAGGAAGUCGCGAGACAGGAUAAGCGGUUGGUGCUAGUUGAAGGGAAGUACGGAGAGUGGGCUACGGGAUGGAAGGACUUCAGGCCGAUUGAUGGUGGCAUGGCGAGCGAGUUCUGGAAAGAGUAUGGAGUCAAAACAGUUUACUCGUAG